AGAAUAAAAUGUUUUCAAAAACCACAGCUGGCCUGGAAUGGAAAUGAUAUGCUGCAUGCAAACAGAUAAAUGGUAGUGUUUCACCCAGGAGGAGCAAUGUUCCCGAGUCAAAGUACUUGGAACAACGGGGACAUGAGCAUAGGUGAGCUGGGCUCUUCGCUCAUAUCGGCUGCAGACUUCCAUCAUCAGCAGCAGGCGGCGGCCGCUGCACUCGGCGUAGAACAGCUUCAGGACAAUGGCACUAACCAACAACCGCAUACACCCCAGCAACACCACCAGCUGCCGCCGCUUCACAACCCAAAUGUCCUCUCAUCUGUGGCGCACAUGUUUAAACAGACACCCCCAGACGACCCGACAGAGUACAUGCCAGAAGCCAAACGAUUAGCAUACGCCCCAAGUCCUUUUGUGAAUAAAAGUCCGGGCAGUCCUUACUGUGAGAACGGCUCAAUCUCUAGCUCUCCCAUGAGUGUGGCCGCUGCGGCCUCGUCUCUAGAGGCGUAUCAUCAGGCUCUUCAGCCCCAACAACAUCCCCUGGAUCCCUCAGCAUUCGACCAAAGUGUGGUACGCACGAACGAUCUGGCGUGUGGGGGAGUUGCCACUGCUGCCGGACAGCUGGCUCCUCCUCCACCUGGUCACUACUCGAGCCAGCAGCAGCAGACACCCCACUCAGACCCCUUCAACGCAGUCUCACCAUUCACGCAACACUCUUCCACGCCCGGCCAUCCUCUGACACCUAAUGCGGCGGCCAUGCUGGCUCAACAGCCCCCACACUCUCAGCAGUCGCAACACAACGACAUGGGUAGUCACGUGCACUCGGCCGCGAUGGGCGGACAGCCGCUGCCGAACGUCUCACAGCUAACUGCAAAUUACCCACCAAUGACCGGCUCGCCUAGAAAUUACCUCACACCAUCUCCCAUAGGUUCUGCUGCUGGAGGCGAUGUAUCUUCAGCUGCCCUUAACCGGUACGCUUCUGCAGCGGCCGGAGGCGGCACUCCCCUGUACUCACCACAGAGUCUGGCCAAUCAAGCGAGUAGGCCGCUAAGUCCAGUCAUAUUUGCUCACGCACAUGGUCCCCCGCCGCCUCACUACCUGCACACAGGUCUUCCAACUCAUCAGAUGAUGUCAUCCAUGGUGCCCCACCCCUCCCAGUUCCACCCACAGGCAGCGGCCGCAGCAGCCGCCCACGGACUCGGUCCCGCCUCCCUCAUGCGCAUGGGCUUCCCUUACAGGUACCCUCCGUCUCCGUACUUCGACUUCAGGAGCGGGGGGCACCCCCCGUCGCCAUAUCACACGUAUCACCAGCUUUCCAACGGGCCAAAUGCGCCUCCCUUCUUCCGAGAUGAGUUCAUCAAACCCGGGAGGAAGUCGAGCGGGUCCGGGGGAGGGGGUGGAGGAGGGGCGGGGGGUGCGGUGUUUGCCCAGAUGCAGACGAAUGAAGUGAUCACGUUAGGCGACGUGUGUGACAUGAAAGAGCCUGACGAUCUCAGCAAGAUUGUGCUGGCCAAUUGCGAUGAGCUUCUAGAAGAGAGGGGCGGUGUGAAGGACUUUGCAACGCGUGUGCUGGAAAUUGAGAGCAGACUCUGCUUCUCGCUUCUAAAUUUACGACUGAGCGACCCCGUAAUGUACAUCUACAACCCACUGGACUAUGCCAGACAAAUACACCAGACAUUUGUUCUCAAGUGGGGCUCGAAACCGAAAAGGGUCCUCUUUCUCGGAAUGAACCCUGGUCCCUUUGGAAUGGCUCAGAAUGGCAUUCCAUUUGGAGACGGUCAGUUUGUGAAGAACUUCCUGAAGCUGGAGAAAGGGACGGUGACGAAGCCGGCGAGAGAACACCCGAAGAGGCCUAUUUGGGGCUUGGAGUGUCCCCAGCGAGAGGUUUCCGGGUCCCGUUUCUGGAGUCUGGUCCAGUCCAUCUCCGGACACCCGGACACCUUCUUCGACAACUGCUACGUGUACAACUACUGUCCUCUCGUGUUCCUAGGCAUGUCUGGUAAGAACAUCACGCCUCCCAGUCUAGGCUCGUCGGCGAGAGAACCCCUGCUGCAAGCGUGCGACAAGGCUCUAGUGGAUAUCGUGAACUUGAUGGGCAUUGAGAAGAUUGUAGCAGUGGGAAGAUUUGUGGAAGAAAGAUCGAAGCUGGUGCUGAAAACGGCCAACAGAGAAGACGUUGAAGUCAUAUUCAUAAUGCACCCUAGCCCCAUCAACCCCAAAGCUAACGCUGGCUGGGAGGGAAUUGUUAAAGGACAACUAGAAGAAGCCAAAAUAGCGCAUUUCUUCCCCCAUUUUUAUAACCCAAUCCCUGUCACCUUCUCAACUACAGCCCAAACAACACAGAGUACCUCGGCUUCAGGAUCCAGCACGACCUCCAACGGACCCAGUUCUACUGGAACCAAUACCACGGCCGCCGGUUCCAGAUCCACAACGUCAGGCGGCACAGCCUCGUCUCAAGCCCAGUCCCAAUCGAGCACUAAAGUAAGCCAUAGUAGUUCCAAAGAUACGUGCAUUGUGUCAGCAUCCGCUGCCAAUCAGCAUAGCUCUUCUAAUUCUACUUCUUCUCUUAAACGAGAAAGCGGAGGAGACAGCAGCAGCAGGGAAUCGGGAACAAGGCAUGGUGCAGCGGGACACUCGUUAGUUGGUCAACUGUCAAUAGCGAGUGAGGCAUCAACAUUUGCUGACGAAUUCAUUAAAGCAGAAGUGACCAUAACCAGCAAUCAGGUGGCCAAUCAUGUGCAGUCCUCCCAGUCCCGUGCCACUCAGCAAAACAAUGCAGCCACCAAUAACAAUAACAGACCAGGGGGGCCAAAAGACUCGCGGGGGGGUAUUCACACGAAACAGGAACCUCAUCCAGAUCCACUUGCUCCGCCGCCGGCGCAAAGUGCGGGUAACACGCUCGCAAAUUGCAAUGUCAAGCAAGAACCAGGCACGGAAAGAAGUGCAAUAGAUCAUCUGAUCGCGUCAACGCAGGCCCAACAACACCACCUAAGUCUGAAUCAUCCUUAUGCUAACAGCCAGACGUCACCAGCGGCGGCGGCCGCCACUGCUUUCCAGCCAGGGUCCAGUCAAUCACCUUUUCACACUACACACAACCAGCAGGGUAUGAGAAUGAACGGGGAGCGAACAGGGACAGGGGGAGAUGUGGGAGCGAGCGGGGACAGUAGCCAGCAGCACGUGCAAGUGGCAGACCAGCAACAAAGACAACAACACGCCAACCACAAUCUCUUCUUCGGAUCCAGUUCGCCGCACCAAGUGCAACACAAACUGGCAUCCUUCCAGUCAAAUAUGAUGGGGGCAGCCCCCCAGUUGCCUCAACAUACUUCCCCCUCCUCAUCUCCGCAUCCAUAUUUGGGAGGCUACGGUCACAUGCCGCACAUCAUGCAAAGUCCACAUUCCCACUUCCACUCUUUUCCCCCCGUUAGUCACGCCUACGGCCACCCGUCAAUGGGACCCCCGAUGAACUAUGCAACGGGCGCGGAGAUGUACCACAACCCCCCGACAUCCAUGUUUGCCCAGCAUCAUCCCCACUUGAUGCAGCCGCCCGGUGGCCAUUUUGCACUAAACUCCAACUAUGCGAUGCAGCCACUGGACAGAUCACAGGAACAGCAGCAGCACUUCGGAUCCGCUCCUGAAAACAGCGGCGGCAGUGGCGAAAUGGGCUAUCAGAGUAAUCAAUCUGAAUCAGCUGGAACCGACGCGGCAAAUGGUAUGAAUAUUUUUGCAGUGAACGGGGGAUCGAACCAAGCGACGACGACACAGUUUGACUGCUACAACCCUGCUAAUAACCCCAACACAAACACGCUAUCGAGCAUGUUGUCGUGAAGAGCACCACGCAACACACAAACAACUACACACCACACUCACUUAGUCAUUCAUCACUUAAAGAGAACCACCACUGUGUCACUGCUCAAAGUAUCACAGAGUAUUAGGAGGAGGCUAAUGCAGCAGAGAAAUGCACUUCUCUUUCGCCAAUCACAAAUCAACUGGACAAUUCAGCUGAUCAACAAAUGCUUCAUAUGGAAACAUGCCUCAAAACUUAAUCAAAACUUCACUCCUUUUCUCCAAAUAAGCUCGUCUUUGAUUUAAUUGCAGUUGAUUCAAAACUUCCGACACUUUUAGACCUACGAGCUGUUUAAAAUAAAUCAAAAACUAGACAAUGUGAUUUCUGGUAAAUUUUGCUAACUUAAUUUUGUCGUUUUUGCUUAUAGCUCCUUAAAGCGGUCGGAAGUAACAAACUUAUGAUUUAUUUAAAUAGUGAGUGAGCUAACUUGUGGGAGCAUACUCUGCACUGUUUCUGAAUGUAAUAGUACAAUGGAAUGGAGCUGAUAGCUGUUGUAGAACAACUCAGAUUAGACAAUACAACAACCUAUGAUGACAUGAGUGGUUUGAAUUAGUAGUGGUUGCAGUUUGAAUGGUGAUCGUGUCUGCAGGGAGGAGGGAGAUUCUUCUCAGUUCACUUGCUGAUUUAGUGAAUGAUCCGAUCCAAACGCAACUUAUGGUGACAGCGUCACAGCAUAAACAAAACGAAAUUGAGCUGGUCCAAAAGCGAAAGCGUCUUGCGCUGAACUUUUCAUGCUGCCAUGCGUUCGUUCGUGUUGCUGUGGUGCUUCGAGUAUGCGAAUAGCAAAGAGGUGGACAUGACUGGUCGUUGUCGGUCGAAGGGUCAAUGAUGCCUCUGUUAUCCAUGAUCACUUGCUACGAUGUGUAUAGGUCGCAAUAAUAUAAUAUAAUGUAAUGUAAUCUGCGUACACUUCACUAUACAUUGUCUCAUCAUUCUCACUUUAGUUGUCGUCCGAAUAGUGCAAUGUCUGCAAUUAGUAUUCUUCCUAUUUUGUAUGUAUCUUUUUCUGUUCUAUUCUCUUCAAACCUAGCCCCCCUAGUAGCCAAUCAGUUGCCAAGUGCAGUGCAAAGAGGACAAACCCCCUUCUAUCACCCUGUGGAACCUCCCUGUCCUGAACAAAUGUUCACCUGAUUUAAUCACUCUUUCCCUCCUCCUCCUCCUACCUUGGCUGGUGACGCUAUUUGCUUUGCUCUCCAUGACAACUCUUCUCUCUCUCAUCCAAGCUAGUUUUUUCUCUCCAUCUCAAAAGAAACUCAACUAAAUUAGAUUUAUUUUAUUUUGUCAUAAUCAUCGCUUUUCAACCGUCCUAUUUAAUUGCCAAAUUAUUUAUUAUUUAUUCUGUUGCUUCGAACAGUGAGUAGUUUCGAUUUUGAUUCAUUUUGAUGUUAUGAUGAUUAGCAUUAGUUUUUGGGUCGUUUUGUUUUGAACCUGGUUCAUAAUAUUGCUGGCAUCAUUUUGUUGGCUCUUUAAAUUCUUCGCAGCUCCUCGAGAGCGUUUUGAUGAGAAUACGAUUAGCUAUACUUGUAAAUACUAUUUUACAAAGUUGUGAUCUUAACUUAGUUGCUGCUACUCUUUUAAUAUUUUAUUAUAACAACAAAUAUUCGCAUCUCUAUUCAAAUCGUGGGUCUUCAAAAUGGUCUUCUUUUACUUUGACUGCAGUUGUAAGUUAGAACUGAAGUCGCAUCUGGUUUUGCUAGUUCGCAUUUGUUGUAGAUUCACUUUGUGCAAGUCAUUUGGCACAGGCUCAAUCCUCCGAACAUUGAUCUGAUUUGUGGAUGAAAUUCAUCUAAUGUGAGGGUUGAUGUUGCCAGCAAAUUUUGUUUUACUUUUGUAAAUUCAUUUGUAUCAAAUAUAUGGACGU